AUGAUUCGAAUAUUUUUGAUAAGACAUGGCUAGUCAUUAUAUCAGAGUUUAAAAAUUGUUUCUGGAAUGAAUGAGUAUGGAUUGAGCGGUUUGGGAAAAGUACAAUGCAAAAACAUAGGCAAAAAAUUAUCAUCUAUUAGAUUUGAUUAUGCCUAUUCGAGCGAUUUUAAAAGAUGCAUUGAAUCUUAUGAAAUAAUAGAAGAUGAACUUAAACAUAAACCUUCUAAUGUGAUCUAUACACCUAUUUUAAGAGAAAGAGAUCCUGGAAGUGAUCUAUUGAAAUCCUAUUCAGAAGUGUACCCACUUUAAAGUUAAACUAUGGUAGACAGAGAAAAUAAUGCAGAAACAUCUGAAGAAAUAUAAAUUAGAGCCCAAGGUUUCUUUAAUUAAUUGAUCACACAAUAAUUAUAUUAACAAUCAUUUUAAAAAUUACCCCUUGAUUCACUAAAUAAAAUGAUUUUGAGUUCUUAAGUUGCAGAACCUCAUUAUUCUCAUCAUAUCAUGCGAUCUUAUAUACAUUAAGCCUAAUAAUUCAGUUCUUCUUAGAAAUCUACAAGUUGUACAAAUAUAUUAGCCAUAAGUCAUGCUGGAUUCAUAACGGAAGCAAUCUAAUUUUUAUAUAAACAUCAAAAUAUUAAAUACACUGAUGGUCUAUAACCUGCAGUAUAUGCAAGAAAUGGAGCAUUGUUUUUGUUGGAAAUAGAGGCAUAGAAUUUAGAUGACUGGAAAUGCAAUAUAUAUUUAAGAAAUUACAGUAAAAGCAUAGAUGCCCCAUUUGAAUCGAUUAUUUGAAACAAUAUACCUGUAAAUAAUUUAGUUUUAAGAAGGUUUAAUCUAAUAAUUAAUCUUUUUAA